CAACAAGUCAAUUGCCGAAAUGAUCAUGCCAACACUUUGGGCAGUGACUGUCGCCGCCGCUGCGGCGCCAACCGUGGAUGCUUCUCCUUCGGAGAGCAGCCACUUGGGCAGUUUUAUCCGCACCCUACAGGAACAUCCAUGGACAUCUGCCAUUCUCGGGCGACCGCUUGACCUCCUGGUGCAUGUCCAUGCUCAUGCCGACGUCGUCUCACACCAUUCGUAGUCUCCAUAUCUUCGAAUGGAGUACGCACUGAUUGGACUUGCGUUCGUCACCAUGACUGCCUCCCUCUUGAUGCCAUAUCUCAUUAAUCUGUUCGUACCUCCUUCGUCGUCGGCCGAUGCACGGGCCGAAAUCGAGCGAGCGAUCGUCACUGCACGUUUGGAUGCUGCGUCCAAGCGUCCCAACGCUUACCCCCCGCACUGUCCUGUGCGCACGUCGAAAGGCGGCGAUGCCGUGGUUCAACGGUACAACGCAUCCCUUGACACAUACACGUUGACUUCGUCUGGUGUGGACGUCCCAGCGUCUGAUGUCGUCGCUACUACCGUGGCCGAUUUGUUCAUUUACCCCAUCAAAUCGUGCGGCGGGAUUCGGUUGACGCGCUCCCACGUGCUUGGGCAAGGGUUGCAAUACGACCGGCAAUGGCUCGUCGUGGACGACAAAGGCGACUUUGUCACACAGCGCAAGUACCCGUCGAUGGCUCUGAUUCAACCGCAUCUGACUCUAUUCGAUCCGUCGUCCAUUCGCUCUGCAAACGCCAUCACGUUAACCGCAACCAACGGCGCCCUCGACCCUCUGGUCGUGCCGGUGCUCACUCGCGGCGUCCAGCGCAGCGUUCGUGUGUGGAAGGAUCGUCUGGAUGCCAUCGAUCAAGGCGACGCCGCCGCGGCUUGGCUGGCCAAGUUUCUGGGGAACCCAACCUUUCGCCUAGUGCGGCUCAAAGAUGCAUUCAAACGCCCGUGCGAUCCCGAGUUUGCCCCCGAUCAUAUCACUGGGUUUGCGGACGGGUUUCCGAUUUUAGUCGCGGCCGCCGCGUCGCUCACUGCGUUGGAGCAAAAACUGGAUCGACCUCUCGACAUCCUGCGCUUUCGACCCAACAUCGUGCUGGCAGGGUGUCCAGCGUGGGCGGACGAUGUCUAUCAUGUGUUUGAUAUUCUGGGCCAAGAUGGCAACUUGCGCUUUUGCAAUGUCAAGCCAUGCUCCCGAUGCUCGGUGCCGUCGGUAAAUCCGGCGACGGGCGCCAAGGACGACGAGGUGGCCGGGACCAUCAGCCUCCAAGACGUGUUGAAAGCCCACAGAAAUGGCAAGCAAUUGGGCUUUUUGAAGGGGGCGGCGCAUGAGGUGUUUUUUGGUUCGAAUGUCGUAUGUGACAACACCGGAGUUAUUGCCGUGGGGGAUGUCGUCAAAGUCCUGGCGGUCAAGACGGCCUAAUAUCUUGACCAGACUUUAAUAUAUAUAUAUAUUGCACGACACCGAAUACACUAGUGCAC